CUUGCAGGCUCACAAGGGGGUGUGUAUGUGACAACCAAUCACACCCGUUAAAAGAAUACAUCAUCAACCACACCUGCUCACUAAGAGAAAAUAUGCUCCAUCUAGUGAUUCUGCUGCUAACUUCAGGUUCCGUAACUUUAUGCUCACGCAUUUAUCGAGAGUAUCACCUGAUCACUGUGGAGAAGAGUUGGGACGAGGCCCAGAGUUACUGCAGAGAGAAUCACACUGACCUGGCUACCAUCGGCAGCCAUGAUGACAUGAAGAGGCUGGUGGACAUGACAGAAGCCAGCGGCGAGACAAAAGAGAUCUGGAUCGGUCUAAGAAAGGCCGAGAUGACGUCCUGGCUGUGGUCUGUGGGAGAAACUCAGAGCAGUUACGGAGUAGCUGAGUACAUGAACUGGGCCAAUUCACUUGAUUCUUCUCAUCACUGUGGAGGCAUGAAGGGUGAUGGGAAAUGGCUCAGUGAACUCUGUGGAACAAAACUUCCUUUUGUCUGUCAGGAGGGUGAGGGGUCUGGUAAGAUGUAUGUUGUUCUUGAAGACAAGUCAUGGAGGCAAGCUCAAGAGCACUGUCAACUGGACGGCACUGACCUGGCCAGUGUGAGGAGCCAGACUGAAAAUCAGGCAUUGCAGCAAAUCAUCAAUGAAAAGGUGCUGUCGCUGUCCUUGGUCUGGAUCGGUUUGUUCAGAGAUGAGUGGAACUGGUCGGACCAGAGCGACAGUUCCCUCAGAGACUGGGCGAGCUCUCAGCCAAAUGAUGAUGGAGUCUGUGGGUUGUAUAGACCUUCUUCCAAGAAGUGGUUUGACAGAGAGUGUGUUACAUCACUUCCCUUCUACUGCUAUAAUGCCAUAGAGGAAAGAAAAAGGAUGAUUGUGAGGUUGGAAAUAAAAUCAGAUUCAUUCUUAGACUUGAGUGACUCUGCUGAGAUGGACGCCAUUUUGAACCAGGUCCAAGAAAAGUAUGAGGGGGUUAAGCUUCAGUGGAGAGUCCAGCCUGAUGGGAAAAUUUUCCAUAAAAAAGAAGAAGGACAUCAUUGAAGCCUGUUAGAGUGAAGCUGCUAAUUUGAAAUUAUCUGCAGUGCCGAACAAGACAUUAAAUUUACUCCAGGACAUACUGAGAGGCAAUGAAUACAAAGCCUGGUGUGUUUUAAAGGUUCUGUAUACCACAUUCAGAGCAUUAAUUAGCAGUAA